UCUCGUUUUGACGCCGCUUUCUGUCCGACUGUCUCUGGCUGACAGUCAAAAAAGAAGACUCCCAUCUCUUCUUCUGGAUGAAAUGUCUCUGUUCUCGAAAGGCAGAUGAGUCGCUAAAGACAUUUCCCAACAUGGAUGUUGCACCUGAAGCAGUCUAAACCACAUCUACUGUAUAUUAUUUCCACACUGGAUGAGUAGAGAUGAGACACGGCGGCCCUACACCACAUCAUGAGUAUCCAGAGUCUGGGAGGAGCUAUAGGGGAUUCCCUGGGCUCUAGCCUGACGGUGCGUAUGAGCGGAGCAGGUGGCGGGUGGAGUGCUCUCCCUCUGAAGCCUGUUUCCUCUGGACGGAUCGCCUCUCUAUUCCAAACCAUGGUUCCCACCGGUUAUACUAAGCUACAGGAGGAGCGCCUAUCCAUGGUGGACCUCGGAGCUAAACCCGAGGCCGCCUCGCUCCAGAAUGGCUACAGACAAGAGACAUCACACACAGAAGGCCGGCGGCUCAUGGACCGGGCCUCUCGGUCCUCUGUGACUUUAUCUGACUGUGGAGAUGGAGCCUACUCUGAAACAGAGCCCAUGCUGGCUGAGAGGAGGCUCUCCGGGGAGGAGGCGGAUGAGGAGGAGGAGGAGGACGAGGAGGAAGGGCUGGGAUCUGCUGUGCAGAAUAUGCCCAAGGAGUCGCCGCUGGCCAUGGCGCUGCAGAUCUUGCUGCCGUUCCUGCUCGCUGGAUUUGGAACUGUAUCAGCAGGAAUGGUGCUGGAUAUUGUGCAGCACUGGGAGGCGUUCCAGUACAUCACCGAGAUCUUCAUCCUGGUUCCUGCUCUGCUCGGCCUCAAGGGAAACUUGGAGAUGACUCUGGCCUCAAGGCUCUCCACAGCGGUGAAUGUGGGCAAGAUGGAUUCUCCCAUUGAGAAGUGGAAUCUAAUCAUAGGCAACCUGGCACUGAAGCAGGUUCAGGCCACUGUGGUGGGUUUCCUGGCUGCAGUAGCAGCCGUGGUUCUCGGUUGGAUCCCGGAGGGAAAGUUCCAGAUGAGCCACGCCGUGCUGCUCUGCUCAAGCAGCGUGGCCACGGCCUUUAUAGCCUCCAUGCUGCAGGGGUUCAUCAUGGUGGGUGUGAUUGUGGGUUCCAAGAAGACGGGCAUCAACCCAGACAACGUAGCCACCCCCAUUGCUGCCAGUUUUGGUGACCUCAUCACUUUGGCGAUCCUGGCCUGGAUAAGCCAGGGCCUCUACAAGUGCCUGGAUACCUACCCGUAUGUGUCCUCACUGUUCUGCGCCUUUUUCAUGUGUCUGACUCCUCUGUGGAUCGUCAUCUCCUCCAAGCACCCAGCCAGCCGCACCCUGCUCUACUCCGGAUGGGAGCCAGUCAUCACUGCCAUGGUCAUCAGCAGCAUCGGAGGACUCAUCCUGGACAAAACAGUGUCUGACCCAAAUCUGGCUGGCAUCGUGGUGUACACGCCGGUUAUCAACGGAAUCGGGGGAAACCUGGUUGCUAUUCAAGCCAGCAGGUUCUCCACUCACCUGCACUUCCACUGUGCUCCUGGGGAGGUUCCUGACGAGGCCAAGGGCUGUUACUACCCCUGCCGCACGUUCUGGGGUAAAGGAGCCAAUCAUCGCUCUGCUCAGGUGCUCCUCCUCUUGGUGAUUCCCGGUCACCUGAUCUUCCUGUACACCAUCCAUCUGAUGAAGAGCGGACACACCACCCUGACUCCCAUCUUCAUGUCCGUCUACCUGGCUGCUGCUAUGCUGCAGGUGUUGCUGUUGUUGUGUAUAGCCGACUGGAUGGUGCACUCCAUGUGGCGGAGCGGCAAAGAUCCGGACAGUUUCUCCAUUCCUUACCUGACCGCUCUGGGCGACCUGCUGGGCACCGCCCUGCUGGCACUCAGCUUCCACUUCCUUUGGGUCAUAGGAGACCAGGACAGCGAUGUGGGGGACUGAGGCGGCGGUGACAGGAACCUGCCGCCCGACACUCCCUCCAGCCUCGUGUGGACGGGGGUGCUCUCUGUCGCUGCCCAGCACAUUCCUCUGCUUCACUUCACUUCAACCACAUGAUGGUUUGGAAACUAUUUUCUGCUCCUGGUUUAUUUUCUACUCACCAAAGACAUUUUAUUCCCUAAAUUUAGACUCAGUACAGAUUUUGAUCUUCAUAGUUUGCAUAUUAUAUUGCUGGUGCUGCAGGAGAACAGCCACCACCCACAGGGCGGAGGAAACCUUCCUGCGGCUGGCAAGCAUCAGUUGGAGGGUUUCUACUUCUGGUGGUGUAUAUUUUGGGGAUUUACCACCCACUGUGUCACAAACUCUGUUACUUGCCUUGUGUUUUACUGCUUCAGUGGAGGCACACAGAGAUGGCCGGAGUGGAGGCAAUAACACACUCUUUGUCUGCCAGCACCAGGGUUAGAAGGGCAAACAUGAAUCUGUAUUGAUAGUAAGAGAAGUCGACAUUUCUUUGUGUGUCUACGUGUUUUUAUUUGUCUGUUUUCCCAAACUCUGCAAACCCUGCUGGUGAGCGGCCUCCGUCUGGCUCUUCACUGGAUUUAAUGAAGUUUAAAGGAGUUACUCGUCCUUAAAGCCUUUUUCUCGUGUGGUGUUGAAAGUGAAAACAUUCUGCACAUUACCAAGUAUAUAAGCUGAGCAGACAAAUGGUGGUAUGUUAGAAUGAAAUGUUACAUGUUUCCUUAUUAUACAAACGAACCACACUGCAAUACAAGAACAAUGCUGUUUCUUUAUUUCGGGUUACAUGUCUUUUAUCAUUAACUAACGUAUUAACUGGGAGCGGCAGCUUCAGUCUUCCAGCUUUGUACCUGCAUGUCUCAGAAGAAGAGUCCGCCGGAGACAUGUCAACGUUAGCUUGAUUAGCAUUGUUUCAAAGAAUACCACACAUUUCUGUAUUAUUAUCAUAGAAACGUCAUAUGGCUGUGAGAGCAGCGCAGCAGCAGAACCUCAGGGGAGCCGGGCUCAGUGGUCAAUGCUUCGGAUCAAACAAUCUGCAGAAACCUUUUCUUUUGUGUAUUUGCAGAUGUUCAUCUUUUCAGCCUGAGCCUCCUGAUAUUCUGUAAACGUUAACACUUCUCUGACACUCAUGAGAAGCAAACCAUGAAAUCUUCUGUAGCUUGUACGAUGUCCGCCUCCUGCGUUCCCUCUCAUUCACUCCCUGUGUUUGUUUGUGUGUCUGUUCUCCUCGGCUGUGCACACAGAGCAGGAGCACGGCGCCGGUCCUGCAGGAAAAACUAAACAUUCCACGGUGGAUGUUUGCAGUGCAUGUAUGUAGAGUAUCUACGUGCAUGCACGCAGUUAAUCAGCAGUUUUCAUGUCAGCGUAGUCUGAUGUUCUACUCACUUCGGACUAAUAUCAUAAUCGAUUUAAACAUAACCAGAUUUCUUUCACAUUUUCAGAAUAUGACAUGUAUUUAUCCGGAUGAAGUACCCUAAUUAUAAUAAUUAUUCCCUCUGACUCCAGCAGAGAUGACAUGGGGGAAACCAUCUUACUUAAAAAUAAACUGCUAAAUCAAACCUUCUGACCUGUUUUAAUUAUGCUAAGGCUUAAAGUUACGCAUUAUUAGGGGAGUUAGUGACAGGUGUGAUUAUCCUGGAGUUAGACGGUGGCGUCACUGCAAGAUGGUGACGGCCGGAGCCAUCAGAAGUUAGUGGUGACGCACGGAGACUACCUCUUUUAUCCAGUCUAUGAUGUGAAGGUAGCCAGCGGCUCAUCAGCUGCAACAUGAGCCUCCAGAAGUUCACUGGUUAACAAGGUAUUUCAUCUGUCAUGACAUUCAUUUUUCUUUCACAGCGUUGUUAUUCUGUACAAUGAUUUCCUUUUGUCCUCACUCUCAGAGUUUCAUUCCAAAACUAUAUUUUAAUUACUGGCGUGAGAUGGAAGUCAGAAUCUGUCUGGCGGCAUUAAUGUGGUUCAAACUGAAUAUGUUUCCUUUUGGUAUGAAACCCUUCAUUUGCUUUUGUGGCUCAUAUGGGCCAAAAAUGUCUAAAUAAAUGUCUUUCAAUUAAAAA